GUCUAGUGUAAUAUAUAGAAAUCUGUGAGCGCAACCUGGCGCAACCGUGCAGCCGAGUCGCCGCCAUUUUGUUUAUUUUCGCGAGACAGAGAGAGAUCCGUGAACGACGAUCGCGACGUACGGGAUCGGCCCGCGCGUAUUCGUCCGUGUUAUUCGAAAUAAACAUCCGGCUUCACCAGCCGGAAGGUGAGAAAUAGUAAAAAAGAGGAGAAAGAAUCUGCUGCGAGAACAACGAUACAGGUGGGUUCGCUCGCAGACGGAUAUCACAGCGAGUCGUCGAGAAUUUAGAGUGAGGCAGUGAGCCUGAUCGAGAUCUAGCAGCGACGACGAGCAUAUUUGAGUAGAGAGAGAGAGAAAGAGCGAAAGGGGGAAAAGGAGCGAAAGAGAGAGAGAGAGUACGAGGGAGAGAAAGAACGCGAAGUGAGUAACGGCGCGCAACAUUGUCAACGUCGUUUGCGAUCGUCCUUGUAUACAACCGUCGACGGUGAUCGCGUCGUCGUCGUCGUCGACUCGUCGCUGAGCGCCGGUAAAGCGCGCAGCGGAAACAGUUUUACGGAUCGGGAUCUUGCGCGCGCGCACGGCAGGGAGGAAGGGGGGGAGGUCGGUGCGCGAGGCGCCGCGCCGGAACGAGAGGCGAGACGGCCGUCGUCGUUGCCCGCCGCCGCCACCACCACCGCCAGACCGCCACCAUCACCGCCGCCGCCGCCGCCGCUUCGACUAACACCAUUCAGCAUCACCAACACCAUCGCUGGCACCGCUGUCUCGUCAAGUCGUCAGCUCGUUAUUAGCUAGCACUACUGCCACUACUACUAGCCAGCAGUGGCAGCAAUCACAACUACUACAAACAUCGUCACAACGUCACAAGCCGUUGCUACCGUCGCCACCACUACGAAGAUUGCCGCGAUCGCACUGAUCGCAGUCGUGGCGACACUCGGACUUCGGAGGCGCGUACGAAGAGAAUAGGUAGACUUGUAUAGAGUACGUGUACGUACAAGGAGUAGUACGGGUACUCGAGUCGCGUACUUAGCGAUUUAAUAAUACGAGGGUGGAAUAUAUGCUGUGGGCGUCCCCCGUACGAGUGGGGGCACUUGAUGGCCGCAGAAAUUGGGCGAACUGCGAGCAAACAUCUAUCGUCGGAGUGCGGUAAAGCGACGUCGCUGUCGAGUAGCGACGUGGGCUUCGAUAGUAGCCGGGUAAUCGUAGGAACGGAACAGCGACAGCAGUUGCAACAAUCGAAUUAUCAGCAACGUCAAUCGUCGCCACCGUCGCAACAGCAGCAACAAUUUCAACAACAGGAUCGGACUUCAUUGGCUACGGUACAGAUCCGAAAGGCGCUCGGUAAAACGACGACUCCUCCUCCACCUCCUUCUCCUCCUUCUUACCGGAAUCGCGUACCGUUUGCGACCGCGCAGCUAGCAGCGGAGAACAAUCAGCAACAGCAGCAGGCACUGACUAACACGAACAACGUAACCUCGACGGCGGAGGCCGUCACCGAGGUACCCGGCGCCAUCAAAACGACCAUCAACAUCGGCUUCGCGAUGAACCACGUAAACGAUCAGGAGAACCUCAAGCAGCUCAGCCUCGCACCCAUUCAGGUUAACGAGGUCGAAGAGAUGGACACACAGGAGGAAACCCCAAAUGAUGGUGGGGGAGACGGAACUGACAACCGUCCUAUAAAUGGUGAACCAGAAUUAGCAUGUAUAGUUCAGGAUCAAGAAAUGGAGGAAGAUGAGGCCCGAUCAGAAGCUACUUUUCGAUAUACUGUUGAAAAUAUAUCUAAGAUGAAGGAUUCACAAUUGUCCCCUGCAUGUUAUGUUCGUAAUUUACCAUGGAAAAUAAUGGUGAUGCCACGGUCAAGUCAAACACAGGAAAGACAACCACAGAGAUCUCUUGGAUUUUUCCUUCAAUGUAACGGAGAAAGCGAAUCCACAUCUUGGAGUUGUUACGCUGUUGCUGAACUGCGUCUUCUUUCUUGCAAAGAAGGACAAGAACCAUUUAGCAGAAAAAUUCAACACCUCUUCUACAGUAAAGAGAAUGAUUGGGGCUUUAGUCACUUUAUGACAUGGCAAGAUGUUCUAGAUCCUGAUAGAGGUUUCAUAAAAGACGAUUCAAUUACUCUUGAGGUUCAUGUAGUGGCUGAUGCACCUCAUGGAGUUAGUUGGGACAGUAAAAAACAUACGGGAUAUGUAGGCUUGAAAAAUCAGGGUGCUACAUGUUAUAUGAAUUCUUUAUUGCAAACUCUCUAUUUUACAAAUCAAUUGCGAAAGGCAGUAUACAAAAUGCCAACAGAGAGCGAUGAUUCAAGUAAGAGUGUUGCACUAGCUUUACAAAGGGUGUUUCAUGAGUUACAGUUUUCCGACAAGCCUGUCGGUACAAAAAAAUUAACCAAAAGUUUUGGAUGGGAGACGCUGGAUUCUUUCAUGCAACAUGAUGUGCAGGAAUUUCUACGUGUGCUAUUAGAUAAGUUGGAGAGCAAAAUGAAGGGAACAUGCGUGGAAGGUACAGUGCCAAAAUUGUUUGAGGGAAAAAUGGUCUCUUUUAUCAAGUGUAAAAAUAUAGACUACAAAUCCACAAGAGUUGAAACAUUUUAUGAUAUACAGUUAAAUAUAAAGGGCAAGAAAAACAUUUACGAAUCUUUUAGUGAUUAUGUGAGUACAGAAAGUCUUGAUGGCGAUAAUAAAUAUGAUGCAGGAGAACACGGAUUACAGGAAGCGGAAAAAGGCGUCAUUUUUUCAUCGUUUCCACCAGUUUUACAUCUACAUUUAAUGCGUUUUCAGUAUGACCCAGUUACGGAUUGUUCAGUCAAAUUUAAUGACAGGUUUGAGUUUUAUGAAAAAAUUAGUCUUGGAAAAUACCUGCAGAACAAAGAAACAACAAGUGCGGAUUACACAUUACAUGCUGUUCUGGUUCAUAGUGGCGAUAAUCAUGGAGGACAUUAUGUUGUAUUUAUUAAUCCCGCUGGUGAUGGCAAAUGGUGUAAGUUCGAUGACGAUGUUGUCUCACGAUGUACAAAGCAGGAAGCUAUUGAACAUAACUACGGUGGUCAAGACGAGGACAUGUCUAUGGCUGUGAAACAUUGCACUAACGCUUAUAUGUUGGUUUACAUAAGAAAUUCAGAGCUGGAAAACGUUUUGCAAGAGGUCAAGGAAGAGGACAUACCUCAAGAGCUGGUGGAGAGGCUGCAAGAGGAGAAGAGGCUGGAACAAAUAAGAAGAAAGGAAAGAACGGAGGCAUACUUGUACAUGACCGUCAAUGUCCUUCUCGAGGAUAGCUUUGACGGUCACCAAGGAAAUGAUCUCUACGACCCAGAGCACGCUUUAUAUCGUGUAUUUCGCGUACGUAAGCAGGCCACUGUGCACGAGUUUCUCGAGCUACUGAGCGAUAGUCUGAAAUAUCCAAUAGAACAGAUUCGCAUUUGGCCCUUCAGUACACGUUCAAAUCAAACCUGUAGACCUACGCUAAUUGAGCCGGACGCUGAUCUUCAAAAGCCUAUCAUCGACUGUGCGGAAAAUCACAAUCCGUGGAACGUUUUUGUUGAACUUGUACCUCCAGACUCUGAUAUGACAGCGUUACCGCCUUUUGAUAAGGACACUGAUGUUUUACUCUUUUUUAAACUCUACGACCCCAAAAAUAAGAAAAUUCAUUACUGCGGUCAUCAUUAUAUGCCUGUUGUAGCUAAAGUCCAGGAGCUCAUACCAAUUUUAAAUGAACGCGCCGGAUUCCCACCAGACACAGAACUCGCUUUAUAUGAAGAAAUUAAACCAAAUUUAGUUGAGAAAAUAGAUAACUUAUCGGAACCUUUGGAAAAAGUUCUGGAGGAAUUAAUGGAUGGUGACAUCAUUGUAUUUCAAAAGGAAGGGGACAAUGAAAUGUACGAACUUCCAACAUGUCGAGAAUAUUUUAAAGAUCUAUUCUAUAGAGUAGAAGUAACAUUUUGUGAUAAAUUGAUUCCAAACGAUCCAGGUUUUACAAUGGAACUUUCAUUGAGAAUGACAUAUGAUCAAAUGGCAAAGGCUGUAGCGCAACGAGUCGGCACAGAUCCGUAUCUUUUACAAUUCUUUAAAUGUCAAAAUUAUAAAGAUUCUCCCGGCCAUCCUUUAAAGUGUACAUUCGACGGCACGCUCAAAGAACUGGUUGCGUACUGCAAAACGAAAGUAAAGAAAUUAUUUUAUCAGCAGCUCAGUAUUAGGGUAAACGAACUAGAAAACAAGAAACAGUUCAAGUGUAUAUGGGUUGGGCCAUCGCUUAAAGAGGAGAAAGAGAUGAUCCUUUACCCAAAUAAAAAUGGUACCGUCGCUAAUUUACUUGAGGAGGCUAAGAAGCAAGUAGAAUUAUCAGAAAAUGGUUCAGGGAAAUUAAGGAUAUUAGAAAUGACUUGCAACAAACUAUCACCUGGCCCUGGGGAUGACACACCUUUAGAUCACUUAAACACAUCAGGCACCAAAUUGUAUAGGAUAGAAGAAAUACCACUUGACGAAGUGAAUUUAGCAGAGGGUGAAAUGCUAGUUCCUGUUGCACAUUUUCACAAAGAGGUUUUCUCAACGUUCGGUAUACCCUUCUUCUUCAAGAUCAAGCAUGGUGAACCUUUUCCCAAGAUGAAGGAUAGAUUGUUGAAGAAAUUAGGGGUUCAGGAGAAAGAAUUCGAAAAGUUUAAGUUCGCGGUGGUGACAAUGGGCAAGCCGCAAUUCAUUAUUGACUCGCCGGACUCUUGUAUCAAAAUCGAGGAUUUCCUUCCCAGAUACACCAGUCAGAUUUAUCCACUUUUAAAUGCAGGCACAUCGCCACACAGGCCUUGGCUUGGCCUGGAACAUGUCAACAAAGCGCCGAAGCGCUCUCGUAUCAACUACCUCGAAAAGGCCAUUAAGAUUUACAAUUAAAUUUCCACCACACGAAGAAAAAAUUAAAUUAGGCAGCCACUCAUAAUAAUUUAUACGAUUCUGUAUAGUAAGAGAGCGACGUCUGAUAUAUUGAAGGUUGGAAAAAUGCGUUCAUAAUUCGUUUCUUCAGCCAGAUUAAAUAUGCAAUUUUAAUACUGCAAGAAUGACAUCGAAAGACUACGAGAACAUCGCAAGGGAAUCGUUUCGAGGGGAUACGAAAGCAAAAUUUGCAGUAAGAGAAUGGUAUACCAAUAUACAUAAACAUGAAUUAUCUGCUAAGGUUUUAACGGAUUUGCGCGGCAAUUCGUUGAAGUGAUGACGCACUGUCUGAUUGAUUAAUAAUAAUAUAACUGAAAGAAAUUUGAAAAUAUAAUAUAACUGAAAGAAAUCGUAACAAUGGUUUUUGAAGAAGACUGGACGCAUAAGUUAAGCGAGAGCGUGGCACGCACGCAGAAUAUUUUGUAAAAAAGAAUUUUAAUGUGGCUGUACAGACUGAUCGGUAGCGUAUCUAAUUAAUCAUAAUCUCAAUAUCGUGUAUCUAAAGAAAGCUAUUCCAAAUAACGUUUUGUGAAUGUCAAGUGUUUUCUUUUUUGCUACUUUUAUAUAUAGGGUGUCCGGUUUUGACAAACGCUCGUGAGCACCUGGCCUACAGCGGACUAAACUGAGUCUUCUACCAUUUUGCAAUUUUCGCAAUAGUUAACGAGAUAUUAAUUUCUAAAGAUGCCGAAUAAGUGGAUAAAAUUGACGCAUAAGACUUUAAGAUAUUUUCGAAGUUUUUUAUGACGUAUCUUAAGGAUAUUUCAUAAAGAACUCUUAAAGAUAUCUUAAAGUUGCUUUAUGUGUCGAUUGUAGACACUCUACUACUCACUGGUUAAUUAAAAAAAGAAUUGCGAAAAUUGUAAAAUAAUAUAGGAAUUUUCGACUCAGUUUAAUCUGCUCUACCUGCUCACGAGGCUUUGUUAAAACUUAACAAACACUCUAUGUAUAUAUAUAUAUAUAUAUAUACACAUACAUACAUAUACACACACAUACACGCACGCACGCACGUACGUUUACUUGGAUCUAUUCAGAAUAAUUUAGCGGCAUGCUUGUUAAGUGUGUUGUCAAGGUGGAUGCGAGAAAGAGAGAGGGGGAGAGAAAGAGAGGAACUGUAUGUGUGUGCGUACGUGUCAAAUUUCAAAUUGAGUUGUAAAGAGCAUCAUCAUAGACCUGAUAACUAAAGAGAUAUUUCCCACAAACGUAGUUGAGAUAUAAGUAAUCUUUGUAUGCUAAAGGUUGGUGUUCAUAAUAUCGUUACAACCGCGUUCUGAUUGUAUUUUUUUUAGCGCUAUUUUUUUUAGGCGAAAGGGAAUUAAUCGCUUUACAAAGGGUCUGUCGAAUCGCAAUUGGAAAGUAUACGCUAACGAUAGAUCUCUCACGGUGGAAGCGGUGAUAAUGAUGUUUUAUCUGCGAGAGAAAAAUAAAAUGCUAGCCGAAAUUCUUGUAAACAUGAACGUAUGAAUCAUGCAUUUUAUUGUUCAAAUAUUUACAUAUAUAUCUAUAUAUGCACACAUACACACACAUAUAUAUUUGUGUGUGCGUGUGCGUGUGUGUGUGCGUGCGUACGUGCGUGCAUGUAUGUUUCGUUGUUAGGUUCCUCUGAGAUUAUUGCUAACGGCUAUCCUGAAGUCGAAGCUGGCACACGAGACAACAGUCGACGACAAAGAAGUACACUUUGCAAGUGGAAAAGAAAGAAAGGAAAUCAUGUUAGAUCUAUCUAAAUGAGGCCGUAUUUAAGUUUACAUUAAUUGUAUUGUCGACAGCACCGGGGGUUGUAACGAGAAGUGGCACGAGAAGAAGAAAAGCCGGGACAAUCCAGCAUACGACCGCUAUAUAAUAAUAGGUUAUACACCAGAUACUUUUGCGUUUUGUAGAGCUGAUCUUAUAAAGAAAACUGCUCAACACUGCGAUUGUAAAUCUGAAUAUUUGAUAGUUCAUUUCUAAGGAGGCGAAACUAAUUAAAUGCGAUGCAGGUAUACAUAAAGGAGAAUAAUAAUAAAAAGCAAUACAAUUGAACACGUCAUUGUUUCUUAGCUAGAA